UUUUUUCUUCUUUUUUUCUAUAUAAAGUCAUUCCAUCUGCUUUCGUAGAAUUGAAAAAAAGAAAAAGAAGAAAAAUGGCGAAUAUAGGGAUAAUGGAUAGUGCCUAUUUUGUUGGAAGGAAUGAGCUAUUGACAUGGAUCAAUGCCAGGUUACAGCUUAAUCUUACCCGCAUUGAAGAGGUUGCAUCUGGGGCUGUGCAGUGUCAGAUGAUGGACAUGACCUAUCCAGGAGCUGUUCCAAUGCACAAGGUUAACUUUGAUGCAAAGACUGAAUAUGACAUGAUCCAAAACUACAAAGUGCUGCAAGAUGUGUUUAGCAAGCUAAAAAUUGACAAGCAUAUUGAAGUUAACAGGCUUGUUAAGGGCCGUCCUUUGGAUAAUUUGGAGUUUCUGCAAUGGCUGAAGCGUUAUUGUGAGUCUGUAAAUGGUGGUAUUAUGAAUGAGAACUAUAAUCCUCUGGAACGUAGAAGUAAGGUUGGGAGGGAACGAAAUGUGAAGGGUUCUCAGAGAUCUGCAAAGUCACUUCUAACUAACAACAGUCAUAACCCUGGAUUAGGGGAAGGCAUGACUAAGAUUAAAGGAAUAAAACAAGGAAGGUCAAGUCCAGUAAUGGGUGGGGUUAAUUCUUCAACGGAGAUUCAGGCUUUGUCAAAGGAGGUUACAGAUCUCAAGCUCUCUGUUGACCACUUGGAGAAAGAAAGAGAUUUUUAUUUUGCAAAGUUACGAGAUAUUGAGAUUCUCUGUCAGACUCCAGACUUAGAAGAUGUCCCGAUGGCUAUGGCAGUUAAAAAGAUAUUAUAUGCUGCUGAUGCAAGAGAAUCAGCUUUGGCCGAAGCUCAAGAAGUUCUAAGUCACUCCGUGGAUGGAAGUAAAAGUUGAACUGGAAUUGGAAUAUGAUAAGUAAGAAUUGCGUGCAGUAGUUUCUUAAUUGUAGAGGUUACUGUUUCAUCUUUGGUGAAAUGUUGCUAAGCUUCUGCUGUGUACAUCCAUGUGUUCUUUUUUUUGGCUUUGAAAAAAGUCUUUCUCUAAUUUGUACUUGAUGGAGAUAUCUCCAGUGAAGCGGAAUUUGUAUUUCGAAUUUCGAUGCUUAUUAGUCAACUCUAAUUGAAAGAGUACCAUGAAGGUACAUACAUAUCUUCCACAAAUUGAAA